AUGUCGGAAAUAGAUUCGGUGAUACAGAAGGCCAAAGAACUUUUGGCAAACUCUAACCCUGAAGACGCGUUGCAACUAUUAUCCCAAUACGGCCAGGACGAAUCGUAUAUAAAUGAUGUGAAAUACCUUAAUAUCUUGGGGGAGACUUUGUUGGAAAAUAGUGAAGUCGAAGAGGCAUUCAAGAUUUAUUCCAGAAGCAUCGAGUUGGACCCCAAUGGUCAGGUCUCAGUUGACGGGUUCUUCAACUUGGGGCAAAUUGUCGGGGGGUUUGAUGGAUUACAGUAUAUUAUUAAAGGGUGUACAAUCACCGAGACCCAAUUGCAAGAAAGACCAGCGCAAGACAGACCUCAUUGGUUGAAAAAAAUUGUCCAAGGGUUGUUUGCCCAGAUCGAGAUCUGGAUGACCGAUUUGUGUAUGGAACCUCAGGCAGAAACCCAAUGCCAGGACCUCAUCGCCAAAGCCAUUGAGCUUGAUCCUUCUAACCCUGAAACUUGGACUUUGCUCGCAUCUAUCAGAAUCUCCCAACAGCAACCACAGGAAGCUCAAGAACAUAUAAGGAAGUCUUGGGAACUAUUCCAAGUGAAGAAACAAGGGUUGGAAGAUAGUGCCGAUACCGCUGCCAGUGAUAACAACAACAAUAAUGAUAACAACGAUGGUGAUGUCAAUUUAGAGUAUAUUGAAAUGAUCCAACCGUUAUUGACUCUUGCGAAGUACGCCACCGAAGUAGGACUCUUUGACGUUGCGGCAACGGUAGCUGCAAAUAUUCACGAUAUUACUGACGAUUUGCUCGAGCCAUUUUAUGUCGAGGCAUUCAGUAACUACUUGGCGGCCAAGACAUUAGAAUACCAACUCAAGAACCCUAAUGCCGUUGAUGAGGGGGAUGGAAGCCGUCUUGAAGCGAUUAAUAACGUAAAGUUGUCGAUGGACUCUGAAGGUAACGGUGCCACCGAAGAGAUCACUGAGUAUAUCAAUUCUGCGCUUGUGGCAUUGUCCAAUGGAUCAAGAAUCAUGUACGCUUCUUCUGACAGUGAAGAUGAAUUGAGAGAACAAAUUGGGUUUUUGGUUGAGGAAUUGGGAGGAAAAGCUGCGUUGAAAAGAGUGGAGAAGCUCAACAAAAAUGAAGGAGCCACUAUUAAUGAGGAUAAUUGGGAAGACGAGAUCCAAGAAUGA